AUGCUUCAGAGUAGUUUACUUGUUUGGCUUUACCUUUCAAUUGAGAUCACUGAGGCUCAGAUGAAAUCAAGCACUUCAGGUACCUUAGCAAGUUUAUAUCAACGUCAGGACCAUAAGGGUCCGAAUGGCUCGAAUAGUUGUACGACAUCCCAACUACAGUCACCAAAUAGGACAAGUGGUUCAUCAAUAGGCAAUCCGGGUCGUUCGCGUCAUCGUUCCACUCCCCACGAUGGACUUAUGAAAUGUCAUUACUGUCCGAAGAAGUGGGCUGACCAGGCCUUGUUGAGUGCACACAUGGAUGAAUGUCGAAUAACUCGGGUGCACGAGUGCCAGCAAUGCGGGAAAAGAUUUAAAGCAAGGGGAGGAUUGCAGCAGCAUUUAAGGAUUCAUUCAAACGACCGUCCCUAUCAGUGCCACUAUUGUAUUAAAAAAUUUACUCAAAAGUCGCAUGUAGAUCAGCAUGAGAGGAUUCAUACAGGAGCGAAGCCAUUUCCAUGUCAAUUUUGUGGAAGAGCGUUCCGGCAACGGUCACAACAAAUGGGUCAUGAAGCAACGCAUAACAGUGGUGUACUUGCAGUUGCAACGAAUAUGGCAAAUCAACAACAGUCAGAACAAAGUUCAUCAUCGAACGUAGGGGGACAUGGUCCUAAAGGACGAACUCUUGGUCAGCAACAGCUGUUAGGAGGUGCUGGAAGUGUAAAUGAUCGGUUGUUAGCAUCAGCUGGUAAUGGGAUGGUGGCACAAAAUGCGGUUUCAUCUUUGUUGGCUCUGAGCCAAAGUGGCAACAUGCCACUACAGCAGACACCGACGUUAGCUGACGUGAUUGCAUCCAGAGGUGCACAUGCCUGA